AUGGGCAACGUUCAGCUUCCCUUUGGCCUGACAAAGGACCACAUCAGCCUGGAGAAGUACACCUUUCCCUACCUGAGAAAGGACCGGUCCGAGUGGCCAUCAGAUCGCGAAGAAUCGCCCUUUGACCCUAUGGAAGGCUUUCCUCAAGGCCGUAAAGAGCGAGUGAUGAUUGCCACCCAAGCGGAGAUGGACUCGGCGAAGUUAACGCCGCCGUUUCGUGACUACUGCGCCCACAAGUGGAUCGACUACCGGGCUUGUCUCAAGAACAACCGACCAUUCUACUGGCGAUGUCGCCAUGAACGUCACACGUACGGCGAGUGCGUCUUUGAGGAUUCAGUGCUGCGAAUGAAGGAGUGGGAGCGAGAAAAGAGACUUCGUCAACGAGAGAAACGCUUAGCGAAGGAAUCUCUCUGA